AUGCCAUACGUAAAGGAUGGCCCGGUGCUUCGAAAGCAACUCGAGAGCCUGCCGGCUGCAGAGCGCGAGAACCUCGUGAAGCCGUUCCUGAUGCCGCCUCGAGUCCGCAAGUCGUCUGUCAGGGGCCGCAGAGGGAGCUCGAAGCCAGUCCGCGCAUUCCUGCGAUCGAAGCUAUACUAUCUCCUAUAUUUCCUAAUACACAUCAUCUUUAGCAUAUAUUCGCGGAUACGACAGAGUUACUAUGCGGUCAUGGAUCGAGUGCUCGCGAUAUUAUACUACCAUCACCGAACCCCCGAGCUGAUCCGGAAGGACGUCAGGGGAUUGAACAGGCUGCCAGAACAUCUCAGCGUGGUACUGACACUCAGAAAACAUGAAGACGCUCUGGAGACGCUUAUGGACGAGGUUGCAGAGUUGGCGGCCUGGAGCUCGUGUGCUGGGAUUCCUGCGUUGAGCAUCUAUGAGAAAACAGGUAUUCUCAAAUCACAUAUACCAACUCUGCAUAGAAUCAUCGUUAGCAAGCUCGACACUUACUACGGUCCACCAUGUUAUCAACCCUCCCUAGGAGUGUUUGCUCCUCAUCACCCGCUUUACGCCCCAAAACUCGUCCCCCAGACAUCAAAGUCGAACGUUGAGGCCAUAACUGUCCUGCUCCUCUCAAGUACGGAUGGCAGGGAAACUUUGGUUGACCUCACCAAAACUCUGGCCGAGAUGGCACAGCAUGGCAAGGUCUCACCACAGGAUAUUGGUACCAAGCUGAUUGAUGCUGAGCUGGCUGAGAUGAUGACCAUUCCUGCACCUCCACCUCAGGAACCAGGAAACGAAGCCAAUGGUACAGAUUCAGCAGCUGAAAGCAUGCUGACUCCAUUGACCAAGGCCGAUCCUGACCUUAUCCUUAUCUUUGGCCCCUAUGUCAAGCUAGACGGCUACCCGCCCUGGCAGAUUCGACUAUCAGAGAUAUUCUGCACCGGAGACCACACCACCGGCAUUGCCGGAGAGGUCGAGGCCGUAGAGUAUCAGAGAUUCAUAAAGGGGCUUUGGAAGUAUGCCGGAGCUGAAAUGAGGUUCGGACGAUAG